CCGUCAUCAACCCAUCGACUCUUCAACACCGGGCGACCGAGCACCGGGGCCCGAGCCAGCGCCAUGAGCGGCGACCGGCGCCUUGGGCGCUUGGGCUGGAGGAACGGUGGAAGACCCCAUGCACCGUGGGCAUCCUGGAGGGCCAAGAACUCGGAUCAUGUGAAAAAGCUGAGAAUGCGCCGGAUGGAUAGUCGAAGCCGCGCGCGGGGGCGACCCGUGAGGAACCAGAAAGCCCGAUGGCGCAGCAGCAGCCGUCCCAGGAUGGAUAGCCGAAGCAGAGCUCGAACCAAGGAGAGCCGCAGCCGGAGCCGCGGGAAAAACGCCCGCGGCCACGAUGGCCGCGAGCCGUUAGUGCGGCGUGCUGCUCCGCGGGCGAUCGAAGAGCCGGUGCCGCGGGUGUUCGGACUGCGGGGGCGCUCCUGCAGUCCGAGACCGGAGGACACGAACCCCUUCCGGAAGCCCUUCGCGGUGACGGAGGAGCAGCGAUCGAAGUCCAUUCCUUGCGACGGCUAUCUCUAUGCUACUUUGGAGUUCUCGAGCCCUUACGCUUUGCCACCCUGGUCUCACGAGCCACCUGAACGCUACAAUCACAAGACACGCACUGACGAGUCUGUGACGAAGUGGAAAUCCCUGCCCUCUGGCUGGGAACUCGCGGAGCCUAACGAGAAGGUGGUGGCUGAGGUCAUCAAGCCUUACCCCUGGGGGACCCAUAUGUUGGUCACCGACUCGGGGAAGUGCUACUGGACGGCCGGAGGCCCCCGACCGGGCACCCUGGAAGCGCUCUGGGACUACGAGAAGGGCAUCGGCAGGUACUUCUUGAGGCCCAAGUUCGGGGGGGAACGCCUCCCUCCAUGGACUGAUCCUGAUGAAGACCAAGACCAUGGCCGAGUGAAGCGUCCCGAUCGCGAAGAAAAAGCGUCGCGGAGUGUCAGUUUCGAUGCGCAGGACACGAUGCGCAGGGCACGAACCACAUCGGUCUCGACUCGCCCCGUCGACACCCCAUGCCUCGCCCGUGUUCCUCUAAGCAUCGACGGGCGUGUGGAGCGCGGUUUGUCCCGCCCAUCGGUGUCGCUGGGCGUGCAGGCGGUCGCGGAUCUGACCUUGGUCCGUGUGACCGUGGGACCUGACGAACUGAAGAUGCCAGUGGAUGAUGCUCUCAAUGGUGGCGCUGCGGAAAAGGCGUCAACGCCAGAGCGCCCCAAGGUGAAGGAGCGCUCAGCAUGCUCCGCGGGGAGAGAAUCUUCCUAUGCUCAACCACCGUCAUUAUUCGACUGGAACAUCCGUCAACAGACCCAGUAA